ACAACGAGCACGACGCAAACCACGUCCUCCUCACACUAAAUAAUUCUCACGAUGUCGUCUGGCUGGGAAAUUCGCAUGUCCAACUCGAAGGGCAUACCAUAUUACUUCAACGCUGCUACCAAGCAAUCAAGCUGGGACGCCCCCUCGGAGCUAUCGGAGGAGCAGAUCAAGUCUCUUUCCGGCGCACAGUUCCUGAGCGGUGGUAGCAGUGGGGGUGCCGGGACAAUCACGGCGAGUCAUUUGUUGGUGAAGCACAAAGACAGUAGGCGGCCAUCGAGCUGGAAGGAGACGAAUAUUACACGCACUAAGGAAGACGCUAUUGACAUUCUCCAAGGAUAUCAGUCGCAGUUUGGUAACUCGCGGGAAAAGUUCGAAGAGCUGGCGAGUUUACAUUCCGAUUGUUCGUCGCAUUCCCAGAAGGGAAACCUCGGUCCCUUCUCGAAGGGUCAGAUGCAGAAGCCGUUUGAAGAUGCUGCGUUUGCUCUGCAGGUCGGAGAGUUCAGUGACAUCAUCAGCACAGAGAGCGGUGUGCACAUCAUUUUGAGAACAGCAUAGCGCGAAGAGCGGAGAAUUUUAUGGAGAUGAAGGUGUUUCUUUAGGCCCACGACAAGGGAUCAUAUAUAACUUCUUCAGAUAUCAGCCAGCACACCAGCCCUCUACGACACGAUUUUCAGGAAGAUAUGUAUUAUGGCCGCAAUUUCAUUUUAUUGUGAAGCUC